AUGAGACCAGUGAGUGACGCGCCCUCAGAGGAAAUCCUUGACAGGGACACUUUCCUCACCGAAUUCAAAACCGAGGCCUACCUUCAGGAUUUCUAUGCCAAAGUAGAGGACCCUGCGAUGCAAAUGGUACUACCUGCGAAGUGGGACGAGUGCUGGAUUUUCGGAGCUGGUCCCACAAUACACGUGGCCGCCUCUUUUCGCAACCAAGCUGCUGAGGUUCAUCUAGCUGACUAUCUUCCACAAAAUCGCAAGGAACUUUCUCGAUGGUGUGGAGGUCGUUCGAAUUUCGACUGGUCAGAACCACUGAAGAUGAUCCUUUCACAAGAGGGCAAUUCAUGGAAUGACCUUGACGAGAUGAUCACAUUGACAAGACAAAAGGUUCAUCUAGCUGACUAUCUUCCACAAAAUCGCAAGGAACUUUCUCGAUGGUGUGGAGGUCGUUCGAAUUUCGACUGGUCAGAACCACUGAAGAUGAUCCUUUCACAAGAGGGCAAUUCAUGGAAUGACCUUGACGAGAUGAUCACAUUGACAAGACAAAAGGUACGUGGAGUACAUCACUGUGAUUGCCUGAAAAGUCCAUCGAUUGAUGCGCCAGCGGAGCUUCAAGGAAGGUUUGAUGUUGUCGUCACGAUUUUCUGCGUGGAAUACUGUUGUAAAACGUACGAAGAAUAUAAGAAAGCCAUCAAAAACGUGGCGGAUCAGAUAGCUCCAGGAGGGUUCCUCGUCAUGGGUGGCAUUCUUGAGGAGACAUGGUGUGCGUUCGGUGGCCGCGUGUUCAGUUGUCUGUACAUCACAAGGAACAGAUGCCUCAAUGCACUUGAUGAAGCCGGAGUUCGCCUGGAAAACGACCGUAAAUGCAUUUUAUACGAAGUUAACGACAUGUUCGUCAUCUGUGCUCGUAAACGCCAUCCUGAAAAAGUUGCGGUCUGA